CCUCUUGCAAAAUCCCCUUGACUUCUACCAAACCACAAGAGCGAAGCCAUGCUCCAGAUGUUUCCCCUUUUCUCAUUUCCAUAUGCCCAGCAAGUGGGUGCGCUAUGUCUCUUGUGUUGAUGACACUGCAAACCUUCUCGACGCCCAAAUCAUCCAGCCAUGUGGAGACGUACUUACUUGCUGCUCCUGCUGGUCCGGAUAUAUUUUGCCCUGUCUCCGAGCUAUCUGCAUCCAGAUGAGCAUUUUCAAGGCCCGGAAGUAUUUGCAGGGCGCGUAUAUUCCUAUCCAUCACAUUUGACCUGGGAAUUUACUUCAGACAACCCAAUCCGCAGCGUGUUCCCCUUAUGGCCGGCUUACGGAUGGCCGAUGAACCUUUUGAAAUGGUUCUACAACGAAAUGGGACAGGGCAGUCCUCCUUCCGAGCUGAUAUACUAUCUUCUACGGGCUGGCAUGUUUGUGUUGAGCUUUGUGCUUGAGGAUUGGGCUAUCUACGAAUUGGUUCCGACACCGCGAUAUCGCGUGCCUACUGUCGUCCUGGUGGCCUCUUCCUAUGUCACAUGGACGUAUCAGACGCACACCUUCUCCAACUCGCUGGAGACUCUACUCGUUGCCUGGGGACUGGUCCUCAUUCAUCGCAUCAUCGAGAACAAAAAGCAUUCCGCCUUUUUCUCCUGCGUGGUGUUGUCGCUAGUAGCGGUGCUAGGUGUAUUCAACCGAAUCACAUUCCCAGCUUUCCUUUUAGCCCCGGGUUUACAGUUACUACCACAUUUUCAUCGCAAGCCGUUCUCGCUCGCAGUGCUAGUCGGAUUCGGUGCGGUCUUCACAGCAAUCGCCAUUGUUAUCGAUAGCUCUUUCUACCGAUCAUCAAGUCUAGCAGAAGCUAUUCGACAUCCGGUUAUCACUCCUCUAAACAAUUUAUUGUAUAAUUCUAAUAGCAUCAACCUCGCGACCCAUGGUAUUCACUCCCACUACCAUCACUUACUCGCGAAUCUUCCGCAACUUCUAGGGCCAGCCUUUAUUGUGCUUGUGCUUUUCCCGUUUAUGAAGUCACGAGUAUCAGUAUCUCUCUACAACAGACGAGCAGUCUCCGCAAUCUCCGCAACAAUGAUUCUCUCGAUCUUCCCGCAUCAAGAACCUCGCUUUUUAUUGCCAUGUGUGCCACUACUCUUAACGUGUAUCAGACCUCUCAGGUCACGCCCUUUUCUCAUUUCAUGGCUCCUGUUCAAUGCAGCUAUGGGGUAUUUAAUGGGCGUCUAUCAUCAGGGUGGCGUCGUACCUACUCAAUUAGCAAUGCCCUCGAUUAUCUCAUCCAAACUACCCACCACCCAAAACGAAUACAAAGCAGGGUCGAACGUUACGGUGUUUUGGUGGAAGACAUAUUCCCCGCCACUGUGGCUACUUGGCGACAACAGCAGUUUGCCAGCGAACAUCCAGACCCGCGACCUAAUGGGCAUGCGCCCACUGGAGAUGAUUGAGUGGAUCGAUGGAGCUGUUCCACAAUGCAGCGAGAAUAAACCCCGUUCAAACCGAAAACAAAGCGACCAGAACCUGGUUUUCCUUGUUGCUCCUCGAUCUGCAAUCUUCCUCGACGCUUAUACCAAAUCUGGUUCUACUACUACUGCCGCUGACCGGCCGAUUCAGAUGGAAGAAUUGUGGACAUACAAACAACAUCUGAAUCUCGAUGACCUCGAUUUAGGAGAUGACGGAUUCCUCCCUACAAUCGCCAGAGUCUUUGGUCGGCGGGGCCUGAGUGUCUGGGCUGUCGUGCGAACCGGCUGUGCCGAGUUCUAAGAAACGCCAUCAAGGUACGAAAAAUCAUUUUAUUUUCGUUUCUCGCUGUCUUUAUAAAUAUAAAUGUUUGGGGGACUGUUGGGUUUAUUUUGGAAAGGGAAAUAUAUUUCACUUGUUUAUUAUUCCUCUUUCUUCAAUAUCUCGCGUUAUCUGCAAGAUACAGAGAGUAUGUAUUUUUUCUCAUAAAUUAUUUAUUAUAUUUUGGGAUGUAACUAGGACGGUAUGAUCGUUAGUUAUAGGAUGAUUGACGCCAUGCCAGAAAAGUCAUCUUGGAUAACAUAAACAUAAUAUAAUUCGCAGCUCUUACGACA